AUGGCUCCUCCGAUCGGCCAGUUCCUCAUGGACCUGCUCGCGCUCCUGCUCCUCGCCGGCUUCGUGAGUGCGAUUGGCCGGAUUUAUUCGACGCGGCCGCUGCUCACGUCGGCGGGCCCGUUGCCGGCCAGCACGGCGAGCGGCACGAUGGUUGGAAUCGCCAUUAGCACAGCUUCCAAGACUAAGAUCCUGAGGCUAUCAAAAAUUACGAAUCCUGGUGGCGGGGCGCGCUACGCAUCGACGGCAUCACGGGAAAGCCCCGGAACUGGCUAA